UGACAGAUAAACAUAACCUCAAAUAUUUCUAUUUACAAUUAAAUAAAUUCGUUUUUAAGCGCCCCGACACAAGUAUUAGGUACACCAAAUGUCCACUUCACAAUAUUUUGGCCCGAAGUGUGCAAAAGACAAAUCCAGUCCAUAUUUUCCAUCAUCAGUAGGACGUUUCAACUGCGAAAUCAACAACAUCGAAUCUUUCUAUUGCAAAAACUGCAACAUCGGAACACAACUGACGAUUUUUUUCAAGCGUCACCUAGCAGACCACGCUCUCAAAAACCAAAAUUCGCCCUACAUCAUACGAAAAUACAUUUGUGGCAAAUGCAGCUUCGAAACCCACUUUUCAAUGAAGUGGUUCCAACACACUCGAACGUGUCGAGGAAAAAAGGAAAAUCCCCAAACAUCAAAAAAAUCCGUCUUAAAAACUUUCACUUGGAGCAUUUGUGACCAGUGCGGGCGCAAAUACAAGUUCAAAUACAGCUUAGAAAUGCACAAAAUAUCAAAACAUUUAAAAGACGACGAAAUCUCGUGGUUCAGUUGUACGAAAUGCUCCUACAAAGCCAAACUAAAGUGCCACUUACACCGCCAUAUAAAGCGCCAGCAUUUAAACGAACAAGCCUGCCAACUGUAUUUGUGUGACAAGUGCCCAUACACAACCAAAUAUAAAGCAACUUUGAAAACACACUCCACCAAGCACCACUCGGACGAAAGCAAUAUUAAACGCUACCCCCGUCACGUGAUACAAGUGCGAGAUGUGUGCAUACAAAGGUAAACAAAAAGGCAAUUUAAAAAUCCACCAAAUCGCUCGACAUCUGGAUGAACAAAACAUCAAGUGGUACCAAUGUGAACAGUGCACAUACAAAGCUAAACAAAAAAAAAAACACUUGAAAAAUCACACAGUGCGAAAAGUGCACUUAUAAAGCCAAGGAGAAGUCGCAUUUGAAAAGGCACGUGAAGAGGUUGCAUGUGAAUGAGAAGAAAAUCUAGCUUAAAACGUUUAAAUGUUAAUAAAGUAUUGUUUUACAAGUUGGUGCUACGUGCUACUGUUACUGCUAAGUCGGUAAAACAGAUUCCUACCUGUCAAAUGGCAGGUUUUUUCCAAGUUAGAAAUUUAAUAAAACUCGAAAUUGUCGCAAAUGGCACCAGUUCUUUAUCACUACUUGCUUGACAAAGAAUUAAAGACCUCGACAGAUAAAUUAAAACCAAAUUGUGGUUAAAUUUAAUUUGACAAUGCGAGCUCACGACCCGCCACUGCUCACCCAACUUUGAGGUUAUGUUUCCAAGUUUGUUGUUAUUGUAAUCAAUUUCUGCAUUUUGAACGGUUUUCUGUCGCACUAUGCGCGACAAAAAACGUUUCGACUGCGAAAACUCCACCAUCGAGGCCUAUUUUUGCAAAGGGUGCACCUUCCAAAGUGACCUGACUCUUCUUUUCAAGUACCACAGACACGCUAAAAGUGACAACGAAAACUACACAAUUCAGACGUACGUUUGUGAAGAUUGUAACUUUGAAACAAACUUCUCGUUGAAAUACCUUCAACAUACAACGUUGUGUUUGGCGAAUGAAAAUAAAAUAAGCGAGCUAUUCAGACAUAGAUGUUCCAAGUGUCCGUACAUAUCCAAGUACAAAUCAAACUUAAAGAAACACACGAUUUCGCGUCACUUGAAGCAACAAGACAUCAAGUGGUACGAAUGUACAAAGUGUCCCUACAUAAGCAAAUCCAACUACAAUGUAAUCAAACACAAGAGUAUCCGACACACCGAUGAAAACCCAAAAUGGUUCAAAUGCAAGAAGUGUCCCUUCAAAAGCAAGUACAAGUCGGCUUUAACAAGCCACUUAAAAGUGCGUCAUGUGGAUACCACACAUAUUAAAUGGUACGAAUGCAAGUUAUGUCCGUACACAACCACAGUCCUGUUCAACUUGGAAAAUCACAACAUCAAUCGCCACCUAGACCACCAAAAAAUCAAGUGGUUUCGCUGUGAGCAGUGCCCCCAUAAAGCUAAAAGCAAAUGGGAGAUAAAAUCCCAUGUAAUCGCGCGGCACUUGGACGAGAACGACAUUCACUGGCACGAAUGUGAAAAGUGCCCAUACCGAGCCAAACAACGUUGGAAUUUAAAAAAACACAUGAUUACCCGUCAUAUGAGUGACGGUGGUGGUGAUAAACAGAGCAUUGAGUGGUACGUAUGCAACCUGUGCACCCUUAGAACUAAGUAUAAGUCGGUUUUUAAAAGACACAACAUUGUACGUCAUGGAGAUGUUAAAUUGUACGAAUGUAAAGUGUGUCCGUACAAAGCCAAGGACAAUUAUGAUUUGAAGGAUCACAUCAUCAGGCACCAUGUGGUCGGGCUGAAAAUGAAAAAGUAUGAGUGCGAAAAGUGUCCGUACAGGACUCAACAGGCUUCAAGUCUGAAAGCACACGUAGUGAAACAACAUUCGGUUGAAGAUAAGUCGGGGAAAACCGAGUUGAAGAGCGACAUAAAUGCGCGGAUGAAGAGAUUGUUAAAUGUAGCGACUGCAAAAUAAAUUAAAGACAUUUAAAUGUUAAUAAAGCAUUGUUUUACAAGUUGGUGUUACUGUUACUGAUAAAUCCGCAAAACAGUUUCCUACCUAUCAAAUGACAGGUUUUUGCAAGUUUGAAAUUUAAUAAAACUCGAAAUUGUCGCAAAUUGCACUAGUUUUUUUUAUCACUACUUGCUUAACAAUGAAAGAGUUAAAGACCUCGACAGACAAAAUAUAACCAAAUUGUGGUUAACCUUAAUUUGACAACUCGAGCUCACGAGCCACCACUGUUCACCCAACUUUGAGGUUAUCUUUCCAAGUUUGUUGUUAUUGUAACUCCAAUUUCUGCAUUUUGAACGAUUUUCUGUCGCAUUAUGUGCGACAAAAAACGUUUCGACUGCGAAAACUCCACCAUCGAGGCUUAUUUUUGCAAAGGGUGCACCUUCCAAACUGACCUGACUCUUCUCUUCAAGCACCACAGACACGCUAAAAGUGACAACGAAAACUACACAAUUCAGACGUACGUUUGUGAAGAUUGUAACUUUGAAACAAACUUCUCGUUGAAAUACCUUCAACAUACAACGUUGUGUUUGGCGAAUGAAAAUAAAAUAAGCGAGCUAUACAGACACAGAUGUACCAAGUGUCCGUACAUAUCCAAGUACAAAUCAAACUUAAGGAAACACACGAUUUCGCGUCACUUGAAGCACCAAGACAUCAAGUGGUACGAAUGUACAAAGUGCCCCUACAUAAGCAAAUUCAACUACAAUGUAAUGAAACACAACAGGAUUCGACACACCGAUAAAAACCCAAAAUGGUUCAAAUGCAAGAAGUGUCCCUUCAAAAGCAAGUACAAGUCGGCUUUAACAAGCCACUUAAAAGUGCGUCAUGUGGAUACCACAAAUAUUAAAUGGUAUGAAUGCAAGUUAUGUCCGUACACAACCACAGUCCUGUUCAAUUUGCAAAGUCACAACAUCAAUCGCCACCUAGACCACCAAAAAAUCAAGUGGUUUCGCUGUGAGGAGUGCCCCCAUAAAGCUAAAAGCAAAUCGGCGCUAAAAACCCAUGUAAUCGCGCGACACUUGGACGAGCACGACAUUCACUGGCACGAAUGUGAAAAGUGCCCAUACCGAGCCAAACAACGUUCAAAUUUAAAUAGACACAUGAUUACCCGUCAUAUGAGUGACGGUGGUGGUGAUAAACAGAGCAUUGAGUGGUACGUAUGCAACCAGUGCACCCUUAGAACUAAGUAUAAGUCGGUUUUUAAAAGACACAACAUUGUACGUCAUGGAGAUGUUAAAUUGUACGAAUGUAAAGUGUGUCCGUACAAAACCAAGGACAAUUAUGAUUUGAAGGAUCACAUCAUCAGGUACCAUGUGGUCGGGCUGAAAAUGAAAAAGUAUGAGUGCGAAAAGUGUCCAUAUAGGACUCAACGGGCUUCAAAUUUGGAAGCACACGUAGCAAAACAACAUUCGGUUGAAGAUAAGUCGGGGAAAAUCGAGUUAAAGAGCGACAUAAAUGCGCGGAUGAAGAGAUUGUUAAAUGUAGCGACUGCAAAAUAAAUUAGUUGAUUUUAAAAAGUUUUUCAUUGACGAGCCGCCACUGUCACAUUUUUAAGGUUAUAUGACAGAUAAACAUAACCUCAAAUAUUUCUAUUUACACUUAAAUAAAUUAGUUUUUAAACGCCCCGACACAAGUAUUAGGUACACCAAAUGUCCACUUCACAAUAUUUUGGCCUGAAGUGUGCAAAAGACAAAUCCAGUCCAUAUUUUCCAUCAUCAGUAGGACGUUUCAACUGCGAAACCAACAACAUCGAAACGUUCUAUUGCAAAAACUGCAACGUCGGAACACAACUGACGAUUUUUUUCAAACGUCACUUACAAGACCACGCUCUCAAAAACCAAAAUUCGCCAUACAUCAUACGAAAAUACAUUUGUGGCAAAUGCAGCUUCGAAACCCACUUUUCAAUGAAGUGGUUCCAACACACUCGAACGUGUCGAGGAAAAAAGGAAAAUCUCCAAACGUCAAAAAAAUCCGUCUUAAAAACUUUCACUUGGAGCAUUUGUGACCAGUGCGGGCGCAAAUACAAGUUCAAAUACAGCUUAGAAAUGCACAAAAUAUCAAAACAUUUAAAAGACGACGAAAUAUCCUGGUUCAGUUGUACGAAAUGCUCCUACAAAGCCAAACUAAAGUGCCACUUACACCGCCAUAUAAAGCGCCAGCAUUUAAACGAACAAGCCUGCCAACUGUAUUUGUGUGACAAGUGCCCCUACACAACCAAAUAUAAAGCAACUUUGAAAACACACACCACCAAGCAUCACUCGGACAAAAGCAACGUCAAACGCUACCCGUGCGUCAUGUGUCCAUAUGAAGCUAAAACAAUGAAGACGCUAAAAGGCCACAUGAUUGCUUUCCACAUGAACGACCAAGAAAUUAAAUGGUAUGAAUGCAAAGAGUGUCCGUACAAAGCUAAAACUAACACCCAUUUGAAAAGUCACAUAAACAUGCGUCACUUGGACGAGAAGGACGUGAAGUUGUUCGAGUGCGAACAGUGCGAUUUUAAAGCUAAAAGUAAGUCGAAUUUGAAUCGACAUAUAAGUGUCCGGCAUUUAGAUGAAGACAGUGUUAAAUGGUACAAAUGUGAACGGUGCCAAUUCAAGACUAAAAGCAAUUUUAAUUUGAAACUGCAUAUAAACGCACGACAUUUGGAUAAAAAGGAUGUUAAAUGGUACGAAUGCGACUGGUGCCCCUAUAGGGCGAAACACGGGUCUAAUUUGAGGAGGCACGUGAAUUCGUACCACGUGGGGGCAAAGGAGUGCACGGACGAAGACGAUUUUGUUUGACUUUUGUUGUAUAAAUUAAAGUAAAUUUUAAUUCGUG